AUGGAGUCUUUUCCGUUAAAUCAGUUAGAAUCACUUCGUAACAGAGCACUUCAGUUACUUCAUUCUUUAACACACUUUUUGAAUAUUAUUGAUCAUUCUGAUCCUCUACCUUCAUGGCCCGUUCUUAUUUCAAAUCUCAAUAUUCUUUUAUCUAGUGUCAAUUCAAUUUCUCUUUUACUUCAAGAAUCAAAUAUUUUAAAAGAAACUCGAGUUUUUCCAUCAUCUAGUUUUCCAGUACGCCAACAAGAAGGAUUAUUAACAACACUUUUACGUAAAAAAGUCAUUCCAGAAGUUGAAGAAUGGGAAACAGAAGGAAGGCUUUUAGGAGUUAACGUAGAAGAGGAUACAUCCUUUUACGAGUGGGUUAAAUAUGUAGUAAUACAAGAAAGAGAAAAAAGAAAUUGGGAAGGGUAUUAUACUCGUGAGCAAGAACUAGUUGCAAUUCAGAACGAACAUAAAGGUUUAAAUCAAGAAGAUAUACUUCAAGAGAUAAGAAAAAAUCGAAAACUAGAACAAACCGAUGAGAAAGCCAGAAUGAAUGCUAUACUAUCAUUUAUGAGAACAGGAAAACGAGAAACUAUGUUUUCUUAA